AUGACACCUCAACGUUCACGAUCUUUGCCUCGCAGACGUUCUAGGUCUUCACGAUCUCCACCUCGUAGACGUUCUAGAUCACCACGAUAUCCACGUUCUUCACCUCCUAGACGUUCUAGGUCUUCACGAUCUCCACCUCGCAAACGUUCCAGGUCACCACGAUCUCCACUUCGCAGACGUUCUAAGUCACCACGAUCUCCACCUCGUAGACGUUCUAGGUCACCACGAUCUCCACCUCGUAGACGUUCUAAGUCACCACGAUCUUUGCCUCGUAGGCGCUCUAGAUCUUCACAAUCUCUAACUCGCAGACGUUCUCGAUCGCGAACUCGCGUUACACAUUCGCCUGUUCGCUCCCCUUCUCCGACAACAAAGGAUGACAAACCACAGGAGGUCGCAAAACCUAAUUUCGGCCUAUCCGGAAAACUUGCAGCAGAAACCAACACGGUUAAUGGUGUUGUAUUAAAAUAUCAUGAGCCUUCUGAAGCAAGAAAACCAACAAAGAGAUGGAGAUUAUAUGUGUUCAAAGACACAGAACAGCUAGACGUCCUUCAUGUUUAUCGCCAAAGUGCUUAUCUAUUAGGUCGUGAUAGAAAAGUUGCGGAUAUUCCAAUUGACCAUCCAUCUUGUUCCAGUCAACAUGCAGUUUUGCAAUUUCGACAAGUAUUUGUUACCGACGAGAGUACAGGGGAGAAGAAACCUGAGGUCAAACCAUAUAUAAUUGAUCUCGAAUCAACUAACCAUACGUUUGUAAAUAAAACAGAAAUUCCAACCUCAAGAUAUGUGGAAUUACGUCCAUCGGAUGUAAUUAAAUUUGGUUUUAGUACUCGUGACUACGUUUUAAUUCACGAAGAUGAGGUAGAAUUAUCGUAG